AUGUUUUGUGAACAUCCAACAUGUUCAUUAGAAGCGAAUACAACCUGUAUAUUCCAUUGUCAUUUAACCGUUUGUCAACAACAUCGAUUUGAACAUGAAAAACGACUUUUAAAUAAAAUUGAACAGCAACUCGAUGAGCUUUCAAGUCCUAUCUCGACUUUACUUCAACAGUCUCAAUGUGACCUUAGAAAAUCUGAAGAAUCUCGUCAACAAGAAUUAAAUCUUAUUAAUUCUUUAUUUGAUUCUCGUUUAUUGUCAAUUGAUGAACGUUUAAACUUAGCUAAAACAACAAAUGAAUUAAUAGCAAUUAAACGCGAACAAUUAAUUCAAUGUAAAUGUGGUGCUACUCAACUGACAAAAGAAGAUUAUCAACAAAUAAAAAAUUUAUCAAGUCAAAUACAAAAUAAUCUUCAUGAACAAGAUGAAUUAACAAAUCAAAUACGCAAUUAUAAUUUUAGCAUUAAAUUAUGGCCAAUGGACAAACAAAAUCAUGCCUCAACCGAAAUCGAAUGUAUUGAAAUAUCUGAUUCUGACGAUGAAUUAUUACCAAAUCCGGUAGAUGUUGCUCAUCAAGAUCGAAAUGAAACAAUGGAUAAUACAUCAGUAUGGGAUGCCAAUCAAAUUAUAUCAGAUGAAUUGAAUAAAAAACGUAAAACAGACCUUUGGACACUACGUGAUUUUUGUCCAUUAACAAAAGUUGGUGUAUUCGGUCUAAAUCUAAAUAGUUCACUUGAAGUACCGCGUUUAUGUUCGAGUAUCAACAAUAAACGACGUUAUCUAUAUGUACAUUUCACAAGAACUCAUCGUAUAGAAUCAUCGAUAGCAUUGCAAUUACUAAAAGCUAUUCAAAAUAAUUCAAAUCCAAUGGAAACAAUAAUUUUUCCUCAAGAUAAUUCAAAAGCUUUUGUUGAAAAUAUCAAAUGUCCAUUUGAUAUUACUACAAUAGAAUUUAUGGAAGAAAAUUCUAUACCAAAUACACCGUGCGAUGCUUCGAUUGGUCAUUAUUACUUUAAAAGUCAUUUGCAUACUGUGCAUUCUAUAACGAAGGCUAAUUCAACGUUAAUCUACAAUGCUAUAAAAGAUUAUGGUAAUAUAAGCCAUUUAAAAUUUGACGAAGACUUGUGUGAGGUUGAAUAA